AAAUUUACGUACGCGCACUCAUGGAAUAGGUCCGUAACCGCGCGCUUUCAUCGCAGCCGCUUAUAGAUCGCGCUUUAUUUUGACACGCGCCGCAUUUCGAGAACGAACUUUUGUUACUGUACGGACAAUAUUGAUCUUCUGCAAUAUGAAACGACUAGUGUUAAAUUUACGAAAAUGUCACCCAAUACGUUUAAAUAAUCUAUUUAUAAACAGUGGCUCUAAAUUCCUAUCAUCUUAUUAUCAUUCGUUCGACGACUACGGGCACCAUCGAGAGCAUGGCAAACGUAACAAUUUUCAAACCAGACGGAGAUACUCAUUUAUCCACGAUCCGAAUUACAUUUAUUUUAAUACACAGGAUGAAUACAAUUUAAGGUCUUCUGAUUUUAAUAAACCAGAACAAGCACUUUUUCAAAUGUUUAAAAAUGAAGAGACUGGCAUGUUAUCAAUGGGAAAAUUCUUAUCCGCUUUACGGACUACAGGGUUACGAAAAACAGAUCCUCGCCUAAAGGAGAUGAUGGAUAACUUAAAAAAGAUGCAAAAAAAUGCGGAUAAUUCGUCUAUUGAUACCCAAAAGUUAGACGAAGAGACCUUUUCUAGUAUUGUGUCCCAAAAUAUUGGUUUAAUAUCGAGAGCGUUUAGGCAUCAAUUCAUUAUUCCUGAGUUUGAAACCUUCUCAAAGGAGAUUGAAGAGAUUUACUGGAAAUGUAAAAGUAAUACAGAAGGAAAGGUUGCUAGCUACAUUCCACAAUUGGCACGCACUAAUCCCGACUAUUGGGGUGUUAGCAUUUGUACCGUUGAUGGACAAAGGUUUUCACUUGGGGAUGUUAAUGUACCUUUUACAUUGCAAUCAUGCAGUAAGCCUUUGACAUAUGCUAUUGCUUUAGAUCAACUUGGCGAAGAUGUUGUGCAUCACUAUGUUGGCCAGGAGCCCAGCGGAAGAAAUUUUAACGAAUUGAUUUUGGAUUACAACAAAAAACCUCAUAAUCCGAUGAUAAACGCUGGUGCGAUUCUCGUUUGCGCGCUUCUAAAAACGUUGGUGAAGCCUGAAAUGACAUUGGCGGAGAAAUUCGAUUUUACUAUGAAUUACUUUGAGAGGUUGGCUGGCGGAGAAGACUUAGGAUUUAAUAAUGCCAUCUUUUUGUCCGAACGUGAAGCUGCAGACAGAAAUUACGCGUUAGGUUUUUAUAUGAGAGAGCACAAGUGCUAUCCUGAAAAGACUAGUUUUAGGGAAUGUAUGGAUUUUUAUUUUCAGUGUUGUUCCAUGGAAACGAGCUGUGAUAUAGUAUCAGUAAUGGCCGCUACUUUAGCUAAUGGUGGUAUUUGUCCAUUAACCGAAGAGAAGGUCUUAGGUCCUGAAAGUGUAAGGAACGUUUUAUCUUUAAUGCAUAGUUGUGGAAUGUACGAUUACUCUGGUCAAUUCGCAUUCAAGGUGGGGUUACCUGCCAAAUCGGGUGUUUGUGGUGGGCUCCUUGUGGUUAUACCUAAUGUCAUGGGUAUCUGCACUUGGUCACCAUCUUUAGAUGCCCUUGGUAACAGUUGUAGAGGAGUCCAGUUCUGUGAGGAGUUAGUUAAGAAAUUCAAUUUUCAUAGAUACGAUAAUUUAAUACACGCGUCUGACAAAAUAGAUCCCAGACGUCAUAAAUUUGAAACCAAAGGUUUAAAUAUAGUAAAUCUUCUAUUUUGCGCAUCCAGUGGAGACAUUACUGCCUUAAGAAGGCAUAAAUUAUCUGGAAUGGAUAUGACCCUAUCCGAUUAUGAUGGUCGAACCGCCCUUCAUCUGGCAGCUGCCGAAGGCCACGUCAAUUGUGUAGAAUUUUUACUGAAACAAUGCAAUGUUCCACAUAACGUCCUAGAUAGGUGGGGAAAUUCGCCUUUGCAUGAAGCCACAAUGUUUGGACACACUGCCGUUGUUGAUUUAUUGAAAGAGUGGGAAACUCAUUGUGCUCUCAGUGGCGCUAAAAAGGAAAAGAAGGAAGAUGACUUGCCUCCACUUAACACUUAAUUGAGACAGUAUUUUUUAGAGAGAGUUUUUUAGAUGUUGCAAAAGUACUUAUGUGCAUUUGUAAAAGAUUAUGUUAAUAAUUCUUCCUUUUUCUAAUGUCGUUCAUAUUUAUUAUGAUUAAAGUUCCAAUGUAUGUAAACAUGCAGACAAUAAAGUAUUAUUUCAUAAA